UCCGGGUUGUCGGGCGACAAGCUCCGAAGUUAGGCCGCCCUGUCCGCUCCUGCGUUCGCACGAGACGUUCCGGGCACUGCUUGGGCCCUGCGCGAGUCGUGAGGACGGCGAUCGCCGCAUUUCCCCGGCCGGGAGACGCUGGGGACUUCACAUGGAGCUAUGGGCAGGAAGCGACUCAUCACCGAUUCUUUCCAAGUGGUGAAAAAGAAACGAGGCGGGAAAGAAAGAAAAGAGGCUCAGAGCCCACCGCAGGACUUAGUUCAAGCAGAAUCUCACCUACAAGAUACUGCACAAUCCGAUCAGCUGGAAAUACUGAAGCAGUUUGAUCUCAGCUGGCAGUAUGGUCCCUGCACUGGAAUUACCCGUAUGCAGCGCUGGGAACGAGCCAAAUUCUUAGGACUCAAUCCCCCUACAACUGUGUGGGAUUUGCUCCUGAAGUAUAAUAAGGACCCUUUUGUUAUGAAUAGCUUGUGGCAUGAAUAUGCCCUCUGAAAAGAGCAACUGUUGCUACCUGAGGCUGUGAAAGAGCCCCUGCCAUCAUGUCACCAUAAUCAUUUGGAUGAUUCCAGCAUUCCUGUAGCAAAUGCUGCUUUGCAGUGGUGGUAAGGUUGUUAUAGAGGUGAGAAGGCCUUCUAGCUGAUCUCCACUUGUGACUUUGGCCUGAACUUUUAGAAAUGAUCAAUAAGAACUAGAUCAAAGCUGACAUAUACCAGUACUAUCACACCAAGCCAAGUUCAGUAUGGAAUUGCAAUCUGCCUUGUAUUUUUCAUGUUUCAUUCAAUUUUGAACCUAGUUUGAUUUGGAUAAGUGCUUGUGUACUUUAAGAGGUGCUGAAAGGCAUAACAAUUACGUCAUCAGCAUUUUUUGUCUCUGCAUUAUGAGCCACUUUAAAAAAAAAAUCAAACUUUCUUUAGUAAAAUUGCAUCCUAAGUAAAAGUUUUGUAUUGGUUCCACAGUUUAAGGAUGUGGAGGACAUCUUUAGUAAACAUAUAACAUGCUGUAGUUAAAGCUAGAGCUAUUGAACUAAAGCAAUAGGUAACUGAAGGUUCAGCUAGUGUCAGCAUUGCCAAAAUAAAAUUAAAUCUGAUUAUUUGAUCAGAUUCCUUUAUUCUUAAUAAUUAUUUUGCUUUUAGUUUAAUGUUGCUUUUUAUCAGAUUGACUGGUUUUAUGGAUUGUACGCAUCCUGAUAUUUAUAUAUCAAAUCUUUAAAAAAUAAUAAAGUGCACUUUCUUGUACAAUUUUUCACUCUUCUUCCUGGGAUUGAGGAGGGGAAACAACAGUUUCAACCUUCCACAGAUAUUACAAUGAACUAAAUAGAAUUUCAGCACCACAGCUUUGGGGGAAUCUUAAAUACUGAAUACACAAGAGCAUACUGCCUGUACCAUGAGCUAUCAAACAACAGCAUUUAAUCUGUAUCUGCAGAAGCACCAAUGGACUGAUAUAUUAUAAUCAUUUCCCCAAAGUAUUCUAUUCCACCUAAAUGCAUAAAAAAACUUGAUUAAAGUAAUGGAUAGGCCAAUGGAAGGCAUACCUGACAAGAUAAAUGGAGACAGGAGCUGAAAAUUACAGAAACUAUGUUUGAUAAAAUCAUGAGAAGACAGUCCUUUGUUUAAAACCU